GGUUCGGCAGGACUGCUUACGUAACCAGGGUCGACUGGGGGUUGGAUGGUGGCACCACCACAAAAAAACGGCGACGAUGCGGUCUUGCUGAUGCGGUCUUGCUGAUGCGGUCUUGCUGAUCUGCACCACGGCCACCACCAAGGCGAUCCAGUGGACAGGCAAUCUAGUUCGUAAGGCAAGAUGCAGCCACAGAAGGGCCAUAACAAGCGCCCGUUCGGCGGCACUUCGGGCCACAUGUCCAAGAUGCGAAAGAAAGCCAAACAGGAGAUCCAGGUUGAAGGUCCUCGAGACUCGGCACUGGGAUCAGCUCCAAGAAGCAUCAAUGUCGAGGAGUUUGCCAAGGCCCGAUCGUACGAGCUGAAUGCGCUGGAGGUUGCCCUCAAGAAUGCCACCCAGUUUACGGGUGCCCAGCGAGUCUGGCAGACGGUACCCCGACACAUGCGUCGUCGAGCCGCCAGCCACAACCUUAAGCGCCUUCCCCAGCGACUGCGUCAGCGUGCGCUCGAGCAGAUCGCAAAUGAUACCGGCAACCCACAAAAGGCAGAAAAGCCGCCGUCUCGUCGAAAGAUCAGGCGAUGCAAGACUGUGUUCGAUGACUACUUGCGCCGACGAGUCAACAAGGGCUGGCUCGAGACGCACAUCUGGCAUGCCAAGCGAAUGCGUAUGGUGAAUCUCUGGGGAUACAAACUUGCGCACCACCCCAACGACAAGAGCUUUCGCUCGGCGUAUCGUGCCGGAAAAUACCAGUGCAUUGCCCACGACGCCUCGUACUUCCAGCCCAUCGAAGUGAUUGGCCUUCAAGAACAUAUCGUCUCGGUCUUCAAACACAUUGCCGAUCCUACUGCUCCAUCGAUAGCAAGCGCACGAUAUGUGGAUGGCACAAAUCAGGGCGCUACGACGAUCUAUGGAUCCGACCGCUUUCCGCUUGGGGCCAUCGCUCCGGUCACCUUUUUCUGGAGGCAAGAGCCGGACGAGCCGACUUUGGACCCCCAGGCUCACAAGCGAGCGCUUUGGGUCUGGGUGCAUCCGGCUGCCUACAGCGAUGUGCAUGCCGAGCUCACCAAGGCGGCCAAACAGUCCAAACUGGCAUCAGACGUGGAAAUCAAGGCCCUCAAGUCCGAGCUGGUUCGCUUUGAGCUGACAGGACCGCGAUCACACGCCAUCCUGAGUGAGGUUCUGAAGGUCUGCGAGGAAAGCUACGACAAGCAUGGCGGUGUACACACCAACCCGGCAGCUCGCAAGACCUGGGCUGCGCUCAAGAAUCUGCGAACGCCGUCGUCGCUUGCCCCGGGAGUGAUUUUGUCGCUGACAAUACACGAUCCACGAUUGAGCUUUCCGCCCCGGAUGAGCCCACGCGCCAAAUCGAUAACUCCCGAGGAGCAGCUGGCCAUCAACGCACUUCUAGUGUCGUGGCCAUCGGGGGCAGCUGUUUCAGAUAUCUGGUGCCCCAAGAAACGGGACUGCCUUGACGCUCGACCCCGGGAUGGUGUCUUGGAUGCCAGGCGCGCCAAGGCGCUGAUCCCUGGCACCAAGUUGAUACCACAGCCAAACGACUGCCGCAUCCCAAUUCUUCUCGUUCAAAGGGACUGCUUCAGUCGCGAUGCCGUUGCGGCGUCGGACAGCGAGUCUCGCGAGUUCACUGCUGGAUGGGACUUGAUUGCGCCCAAAGGCUGGGGCAUGGAUCUGUGGCGCCAACUGAUCUAUGCCGGUGCCCGCAUUGGAGGCUUGCGUGAGCGCCGCGCCCAGCACUUUGAAUCCGGUGUUCCCUGCUUCCCAUACGAUUACCCAGAAACGCUUGCGUAUCGCCACUACGCUGCAACCCGACGUUCAGAACUUCAAGCGGCACACAAGCGCCGACCCAAAUCGAAGCGGCCAAACUACGAUAAACUUGGGUCGGACUCUCCGUUCGAGGCGCCAUUCUGGAAACUGGGCUCGGCACAGACAGGAGACAGCUCGAAGGGUAUUGAGAUAGUCAAUUCCGGCUCUGCCCCCGCGCAGGCCAUGGACACAGAGCCGUCGUGGCCAGCUCCUGCCGUCUUCGCCAGCGCGCGGGCGCUCGGAUUGGUCCGCCGGCUGCUUGCCUCGGAUGAUUUCCCGCGUACCUCAGCAGAGUUCCGGCACUCGCUCCAAGCCUGGUUGGCCAAAAAGGGCUGCGGACCCAUCCGGCAAGAACUGGAAUCGAGCGACGUGGUGGCGAAUGCCCUGGUGCGCGUCAGAAUCGAGCUACUUGCCCGUGGUGUGGUCGGAGAGUUUGGCGCCAUAUACGAUGCAUCGCAGGAAGACUAUCGGCGCUGGGUGGACCGUCGUGAUCAAGACGACUUGCGAGCAAACUUGGCGGAUGUCGAGCUUCCUCACCAAGCUCGUGCCAUCGGAUAUCUCACAAAUGGAUCGUACUCGCUCUCGACUGGCCGAGGGCUUGCUAUCGGCUGCUGCUCGCUCGGGGCACUUCACCAAAUGCUUCAGCGGGCACGAAGCGAGAAGCGCACUCCAGAGACCUUCGUUCUUGUCCGAGGUGUCACGGGAAAAGUCUACCGACCCGCCAAGCUGACAAUAAUCGCAUGAGCCUGGCCUGGCGAGCGAGCUGAUUGGCCCGGCCGUCCCGCUGCCCGCUCCGGCAGCAGCCACCCCUGGCAUCAAGUCGGGGCAAGAUCCACUUGUGCGUGCCUGGUGUAUUUGCGAACAUCGACUCUUUUACCACACGGAAGCCAUCCACGAAGCGCAA